AUGGCUCUGGGGCCGCCCGUGCGGCCGCUGGCACUGUGCCUGUUUGCCGUCAUAAACGCGGUCUUGUGCUGGCUCUGGUGGCGCGCUGUGCAAGUAGAACGGCACGAAAUACCUGAUCCAUGCAUGCACGAUUCAAUUUCCAGUUUGUUCAUCCCCUACUUCCCGGAAAAUGCAGAUCGGCGGGCCUCCGCAGCAGCAGCAGCAGCUUCCGGGAAAGAAGAAGUGCAGCCACUCUCUGCUCCGCUGGGCUCCUGCGCGCUUUCAGAAAGCUCGCUACUGCAGCGCCGCCUCUGGCAGCAGCAGCUGCAGCAGCAGCAGCAGCAGCUAGCCAGCAGCGGGGCUGCGGGGGCCUGCAGCGCUGCAGCAGUGCCCCCGGAGCAGCUGCUGCAGUGGGUCACUCUGCUUACGGUGGUGCCUCUGUGCGACGAGGCCUCUGCUGCUGCGUCUGAGGUGUACAGACACCUCGUGGCCCUGGGGGGGGCAGCAGCACACCCAGCCAGCAGCCAGUGCACAGCCAUUCCCGUAGCAUCUGUGCUGGCAGCUGCAGGGCAGCAGCAGCAGCAGCAGCAGCAGCAGCAGCAGCCCCGCUCGGGAAGCUCCCAGGGGCUGCUGGCUGUUCACCUGGUCGACAGUUUGCAGGCAGCAGGCGAGUGCCCUUCCCUAGCAGCAGCUGCUGCUGCGCUGCAGCAGCAGCGCAGCAGCAGCUGGAAGCAAAGGGGCCCUCAAGUGCAGUCGCAGCUGCAGCUUCUCGUGGCUUCUCCACUGACACGGGAAGUUGAGUUGCUGCCUCGCGUGCACAUUGGGAGCGGGAGCUCUUUGCUGCUGGUGGUGCCCAGGAGGCAGCAGCAGGCGGCGCAGCAAGACGCAGCAGCAGCAGCAGCAGCAGCAGCAGCAGCAGCAGCAGCAGUGGUGCAAGUGCUGGGCCGCUGGGUCCUCUCCCCCGCAGUCCUCGCGCCAGAAGCAGCAGCAGAGUGGAGAAUCCACUUCUGGCUGCUGGGCGACGGCCACCCGAAACCGAAGGCAAACAGCAGCAGCAGCAGCAGCAGCAGCAGCAGCAGCAGCAGCAGCAGCAGCAGCAGCAGCAGGGAAUCAGGUGAAGUGGGGGCCCCCCAGCCGCUGCAGUGGGCCCCCGAGUCUUUCUUGCGAAUUUACCUGCGGGGAUUUCUGGAGGCCCUCAGCAGCCUCGUGGACUUGAGCAUUUCGUCUCAGGACUCUGGGGGCCAAGGGGGCCCCCUGCCCUCCCCUGCUGGGGGCCCCCCCCCCUUGGGGGGCCCCCUGGGGGCCCCCAAGGGGGCCCCCCUGGGGGCCCCCAAGGGGGCCCCACUGACUGAGUACGAAGUGGGGGUCUUAGAAGAAGCUAAUCGCCGAUUUCGAAAUCUUACAGAAGAGUGGGGAGAAGAGGGGGUCUUCACUGCAGCAGCAAAGUCCAUAAACUUGGGUCUUUACAGACUCAGCAGCAAAGAAUAUGAAGAGCUGCUGGCAGCAGAAGCAGCAGCAGCAGCAGCAGCAGCAGCAGCAGCAGAAGCACCAGAAGCAGCAGCAGCAGCGGGAGAGAAGCAGCAAAAGGUUGCUGCAGCCAUCGGGAUGCCCCCGUGGGGCUUUCUGACCUUGAGGGCCCCCAGGUACCCUGCGGGGGGCCCCCCAGGCCCCCAAGGGGGGCCCCCUUCUAAGGGGGGCCCCCCUAGCAGCAGCAGCAGCAGCAGGGAACUUCUGUUCCCCUGGGAUGACCCAGAGGAAGCUGCUGCAGUAAAGGGGGCCUGGAUAUCUCAGUUGCGUUUCUAUUUGGGUUUGCCUCCGUCUCCCGUUUUGGGGGACCCUCGUGCUGCUGCUGCUGCUGCUGCUGCUGCUGCUGACGGCUGCAGCGCAGCAGCAGCCAGCAGCCUUUGUGGGAAGGACUGCCAAAGCCACAGGUGCUCGUGGCAGCUGGAGAAGGGGCCCCCGGGGCCCCAUGACCACUUGGUGGACGAGCUGCUCACAGCAGCAGCAGCAGCAGCAGCAGCAGCAGCAGCAGCAGCAGGCAAGGAGCCCAGAGGGACUCUGGAAGGCUUUGCACUGAGCCCGGAAGCGGCGCUGCUGGUGGCAGCAGACAGCAGCGGCUUCGCGGGGCGGAAAGUUGCGGUGUACGUACACCCCAGCAGCCGGGGGCUGAGCGAGUGGGAACUGGACGCAGCAGCAGCAGACAUUUAUUUUUCUUUGAUAACUCAAGCUGCUGCCAACAUGAGGAUUCUCCGCAGCAUCAUUUUGGAAGGGCCAGAAGUGCGUGUGGCUGCGCACAUUGGGCGCGGCAUGCAAAAAGUGCUGCAGCAGAUCGAGUGCAGCGUGCAGGCGCUGCGGCUGCGGCGUUGUGCUGCGCUGCCACCAGCAGCCCUCGAGCUGCUGCGACAGCAGCAGCAGCAGCAGCAGCAGCAGCAGCAGCAGCAGCGGGGAGCUGCUGCUUGUCCGGCACAAGGCGGAGACAAUUGCAUUUCUGGCGAAGGGGAAAGCGACGAAGAACUGGACGAAAAUGGGGUGUACAGACAGCUCGCGCUGCUGCUGGCGCGCGCAGCACUCAGAGAUUCCAAAGAGCUUUUGGCUGACGGAAGCCUGGAGCCUGCGCCUUAUUUCUCGCUGCACUUCGACUUGGCCAUUCACGUGCCUUUGCUGCUGCCGUUUUUGCUGCCGACUGUCGCGUCAGUGAUCCGCGCUGCGAAGUUCGCCGCCAAGAUCUGA